GAGCUCCCGAUCGCUUCGCCACCAGAUCAUCUUUAGAACAAAGAGCUUCUCAACGCUGGGAGUGCGUGAGUGAGUGUGGGGUGUCGGGGAGCCGCUCAGCUCUCGGGCUUCCUCUUCCGACCGCGGCGCCAAGCCGAUAUUCGAGCCGCGACUUCCCGGUCGCGGGGCCCGUCGUACCCCUUUGUUCACGGGCCGUACGCACGAUCCUCCCUCCUCGGCCGCGCUCCACCAGCAGUGCAGGCGCUGAGGGGCGGCGCUUCUGCAGUCAGUAGCGCGGCAUGCUGGCGCGCACUCAACUCCUGCUCAGCCUACUGCUCAUCAGCACCUCGGUCGGCGUACAGUCCUACGAUACCGACUGUAAAUGGAAGAGCAACAUCACCGAUAUCGCCGACGUUGCCCAUCACAAAUACCAAGUGCUUGAAGAAUGUCUUUUCUACAAAUUGACCAAGGAAGCGGACCAAAUUCAAGGGAAGAGUAAUGCCCUCAUGCUUCUUCCGCCGACGGUGGCGGCUGGGGAGACCUUGGACGUGCAGGUUUUGCAUGCUGGUGUGAGGCAAAUGUGGAUGAACGAAAUCUUCAAGGAGAUGAACAUCAACGGCUACCUGAAACUGUCGUGGAAGGACAGGCGCCUUCGUUGGGAUGCAAAUGAAUGGAAGACCGAUGUGCUCAGCAUUAAGUCUUUCGGACGUCUAUGGGUUCCGGACAUCAACUCUGACAAACAUCAAACCGGCCAGCAGUCCGCGGAUUACGUUACCUUCCAAUCACUGAGCUCGAAUAACAAUGGGAACGUCACCGGUCGCCUCGAAUUCCGAAUACAAGCACACUGUGAGAUUGACUAUACGGAAUACCCAAGCGACAUCAAACACUGCUGCUUCAAUCUACAGUCAACACUCUACAAACGCUACAUCAAAUACUUUUUGGAGAAUGAAGAUGACCAUCUCGACAUCUCGCAGCUAAAGACAAACUGGCACAUAGAAAAUUCGUGGGUGAAGAAGGGUACACAAGAAGGAGACAACAAAGCUGAAACGUUGGAAAUCUGCUUGACAGCGAGACGAAAAUCCACAACGCUGGCAGUGGAGCUAACUCUACCGGUUCUGAUAUCUGCGCUCUUGCUUCUGAUCGCUCCAUUUUUCGGCAAAUUCGAUCAGCAGAUCAAAGUGAAAAUGUUUGCACUAUUGCUACAAUUUAUGAGCUUCCAAUUCAUGGCCGAGAAAACUCCACAGCUAGGAUUUGGCGCUACUGUGCCGAAAAUUUAUGUAUUUUAUGCGUUUACACUUGCCGUGACUGUAAUCAGUCUGAUAGUCACAGUACUGAUUGCAGCAAUGAGCAGAAUUAAGAGGAAGGUGCCACCAGCACAUCGCUUCACACUGCUAGCCUCUGUACUGAAUGCUAACCUCUGUUGUGGAUCUGAAGAAGAGCCCAUCACCGAUGGCACAUCUUCGAAGGAUGCUUCAGCUGACUGGCUUCAAAUCCAUGCCGCCAUGAACAAUCUAGCCAGCUGUCUUACCAUGAUCGUUUAUGUAAUCGGAGCGAUUGUUAUUGUCUUUUAGAUUUUAGCUGAAAACAAUCGCGAAAUAACUAAACCGCAAAAUACCAAAAACGCAGGCUGAUUGUGCGCAUGAUCGCUUUAAGGCUUCUUCACUUAAGCUCUUCACUUUUCCGGAAGUCAAUCAAAAGUACGGUGGCAUUGUAUGUAUUGUAUUUAUCUCGUCAAACUCGAUCAAUCUUGUGCUAAAUAAUAAAUAUUCAUACGACUUUCA